GUACAUCUGCAACAGCAGCAGGUUACCUGGCAAGCCGAGGAGAGACGUGUGGGUGUGGGCUCUGUCUUAGUUAAACAAUGCUCUCUUCUUUCUUGGACGGCAAGCUUGUCUGAUUUUUAAUUUGCACCUUCCAGCGCCCAGAGGAGUCGACCGCCAUGUCCCUAAGCCGCAAGAACUGGUCUGCUCUCUCUAGCUUGACACGACAGUGGACAGUGGAGGAUGAGGAAGAAGUGGAAAGGGAGAAGAGGCGGAGGAAUCGAAGCUUCUGCUCCACAUCUGAAGCUCCUGAAGAGGAGGCGCAAGCUGCAGCUCUCCCUCAUCACAGUGCUCGAGAUGAGCCAGACACUGCACAUUCCAAAGAAGGAGACCUUCACUUUUUGGACAUGUUAAAAUCCAGAGAGGAGGAGAGGCAACGAAGACAGCUGGAGACUCUGAUGCAGCAAAGAGAGGAGGACGAGGAAGGAACUCUCAGAAUUAAGGGAGAAGAUGGUGGCCAACAAAGGAGUAUGGCAGAAACACAAUCAAAGCAGGUGUCCUCUCCAGAAAAUAACUUCAUGGCGGUUCCGAAUGGAAAACGGAAAUCAUAUCCUGAGGAAGCAAACAUAAAGACUGUAGAAAUGCGUGAAGAGCAGGAACAGAGGAGGCACAUAGAGGCUGUGACCAGGCAGAAGAAAGAUGGCAGCACAGAAUACAGUGAUACAAGUGAGGGAGAAACAAGAAAAUCAAAAAGCCCCCCUAGGAUGACAUCAAAAAGUCCAAAGAGUGGCUUGGAAGCAGAUGAUAAUGAGGAGAUAAACCGUCAGUUUCUGGAGAUGCUACAGACAAAGGAGUCGAGGAGGCAGCGGAGGAGCUUGAAAUCUAUGGGUGCAAGCAUAGAGUCUGAGAGGCAAGAGGAACCACUCCACCAGUCACCUGCACAACCGACACAGUACACGGGACCUCAAGACACAGAAAAUGCUGGCAGUAAAGCUGCAGAUGCCAAAGAUAAAGUUGUCCAGAAGUCUGAAAACAAGUCCCCUUCAAAGAAGUUUGUAAGUUCACUGUCCAUUUCCUUUGAUAAGAGUGCAGACAGCAGGAAGACACCAUCUCCAUUGUCACCAGUUAGUCCUUCUAAUCCUGUACAUUUAAGAACUGUUUUUAAAGACAAGAGUAUCCCAGCAACAAGAACCCAGGAGAAUAUGGAGAAUGGACCGGAUAAGAAUGUUAAUGAGAGAGCAGAAGUAAGCAGACAGCAAGAAGUUAAUCCUGACAGGUCUGAGCAUGUUCAAGAAGAUGCCUUCAAACGCCUGAGCUCCAGAUCCACUUCCUUCCGGCAGACCACAGAACCAGCGGUGUCCAUUUCACGGAUCAAAAGAAGCUCCAGUCUCAGAUAUCCUUCAAGGAAAGAAGAUAAGAUGGGAAGACUGCAGCAGGAUUCAAAUGGCAAGGAAGAAUCAACAGCACCUUUCCAGAGGAACACCAAGCUUCGGAUCUCCUCAAGAACCAUUGAAGAAAAGCUGGAAAGACUGGCUAUGGCUGCACAGAAAUCAGAACUGGUGAAAUCCCCAACCAUAGCUCACAAAGAGUUUUACCUCCCUGCUGAUGACAUUGCAAGAAAACGUGACAUUUUUGAGAGAGAAGCCACAGGCGCAGAGAAUAGCAGUGGAAGCAGUAGCAGGAAGGAGAAAUUUGGAUUUGCUAAAGGAAUCUCAGAGAGGAUCAGCCAGUGGGUAGCUAAAACACAGAGUUCCCAGACAACAGUUGGCUCCAAGGACUACAGCAAGGGUGAUGUCUCUAGGAAACGCAACAUCUGGGAGGACAAAGGGGAGAGUCAAAAUAAGCAGUGACACCUGCUUUGAUCACGCAAGAUGGUGUGCAGAAGACUCACGCUCAUAAGUGCACUGUGGUACCAGAGGGCAGAAAGCUGUUCCACCUUGCAUGUCUUUGGCACUUUAACUUACACAAUUAGUAGUCAUUUAAUAGUUAUUUCUGAGCGUCUGGCACAAGGUGCUUUAUUACAGCUGACCACAAAGUGGCCCCUCACCAGCUUAUUCCUAAAAUAUGAUUAACCAUUCUCAUCACCUCCAAUGUCUUAUUUCCUUAUGGAGUGCUGAAAGAAAAGCCUCUCAGAGUUUCAGGAACCCUUCAGAUGCAAAAUGGGCACAGCGAAUGAAUGGCAUUGACUCAAAGGAACAGAAAGAAAAAUGGAGAGCACAGCACUGAGUAAAACUAGCAUCAGCAGACCAUGGUUCACUCAUUGAACUGUAGAAAGGGUCGACUCAUUCUUGCACCCUCAAACAUCUCAUAUUUGGGCCUAAGAUUCCUACUGGUUCACCAUUAUACAUUGUUACAAGAUGGUCUCAGGUCUGAGUUAAGGGGUUAUUAUACACAGCAGAAUCAGGUGUUACCUCCUGUUGGUCUUGAUUAUUUCUGGACUAUGGACCAGGUCUCAAGGAAUCCCUGUUGUGUGUAAUAACCUAGUUGUUUUGUAAAAUUUGAGGCCACUUCAUUGCACUCUGCAGACGUUCUGUAACUCAUGGUGCUCCUAGUGAUAUACUAAAACUGUAUGUUUAGGGGGGGCAAACCAGGUGACCAGUAAAGCCUCAAAGAAAUUCACUUCUGUGACGCCAUCUUUGUACCCGAGUGGUUUGCAGGCUAUAAGGCAAAGCUGAGGUUGUGUCCCUAGCCUGAGACCUCCAAAGGACCAUUACUGCUUGAAGGUGGUAUUGCUCUUCUCUCUUUCUAGGUCUGUGAUUAGGAAGCUUUGGUGUGCCUGAAUGUUCUGAACCAUGCAAUCACUCCCAAGGAAACCUUGCCUUAAAAGAGAUGCUAUUGUAAUGUACAAGCUUACUGUGACAUUUUUUAAAGAAUAAAAUUAUUCAAAUGCA